UUCCAGUGACGUCACGUAACCGGAAGCUCUUGCUAGUGUGUUGACACUGUAAAGCCCAAACACAGAGCGAGUACCGUUUUAUUAGAGAAGUACGUACUAUAAGCGACUGUUUAAGUCUACGCAGCUUUUUUGAAUGCUUUAUUAGUAUUAUUUUUUGUUUGAAUUGAGUCAUAUUUUAUAGUUUCGUCACUGGUAGUUUUUUUCUCUGCACACGAACGGAUGCUAACUUUGCGACUUAGCUAGGACCGAAGCUAAAGCUAAGUAUCGAGGACGCGAUGGAGACUCCACUUAAACCCAGCUAACAGAAACCGAAGAUUCACUUUUAAUUAAACUAUACAUUCAAGAUUACCGCAUAAAAUCAGUUCAUUUAACGUCCGAAUCAAGAUGGCUGUAGAGCUGGAUGUGUUUGUAGGGAACACCAUCAUCAUGAGCGAGGAAGUUUACCAGCUCUGGUUGGAUGGAUACACAGUGAACGACGCAGUGAAGGUUCGUAUGGAUGGGGGAGCCCUGGAUGAGUUUGAGGCAAACGCAGAUGUCGUGCAGAGCGACACCAUGGACCAGUACCGGACUUUCCAGAUGUGCGAGCGUCUGCUGCACAGUCCAACCAAACUAGCCAAUCAGCUCCUGUUCCAGAUCCCGCCUCACCGACAAGCCACACUAAUAGAGAGAUACUAUGCCUUUGACGAUGGAUUUGUGCGCGAGGUUCUGGGAAAGAAACUCUCCAAAGGAACCAAGAAAGAUUUGGAUGACAUCAGUGCCAAGACAGGCGUGAUGCUGAAAAGCUGCAGGAGACAGUUUGACAACUUCAAACGCGUUUUCAAAGUUGUGGAAGAGCUGAAAGGACCCCUGGUGGAGAACAUACGUCAGCACUUUCUUCUGUCUGACAAACUUGCAAGGGAUUAUGCUGCCAUUGUUUUCUUUGCCAACAACCGGUUUGAGACGGGGAAAAGGAAGCUGCAGUAUCUCACGUUUCAGGACUUGGCUUUCUGUGCCGGUCAGCUCAUCAACAACUGGACAGUGGGAGCUGUCGAUAACAUGGUGGAAGACAUGGAUGUGGAUCUUGAUAAAGAGUUUCUACAAGAACUAAAGGAGCUGAAGGUUUUAAUUACUGACAAAGACCUGUUGGAUCAACACAAAAGUUUGGUCUGCACUGCUCUCAGAGGGAAAACAAAAGCUUUUAAUGAGAUGGAGGCUAAUUUCAAGAAUCUUUCCAGAGGCCUCGUCAAUAUUGCUACAAAAUUAACCAACACCAAAGACGUCAGAGAUUUCUUUAUCGAUCUUGUGGAAAAGUUUAUUGAACCUUGUCGUUCAGACCGCUGGACGGCUGCAGACAUGAAACUCUAUCUCACACACUACACCAACUCUGCGCACAUUCUCGACACCUUCAAACAUCAGGUUGUGUGGGACAGAUAUAUGGGAGUCAUCAAAAGCUGCAUCUUUAAAAUGUAUCACGACUGAGCUGCUUCCACCACGGCCUGCUCCUGCUCCUCCACCCCAGAGGUUGUUCUCCUCCUUUAGCUGUGUUCUCUUAUUCCAUGUUCUGAUCACAUUUUAUUAAAGUUUAUUUUAAUCAGUCCUUAUUGCAUCUGUAAAUUGAAUUUUAUACAAAUAAAACAAAUAUCUUUACA